AUGAACACCAUGAGCUGCGAGGGUGACAUGAGGUCUCUUUUGAUGGCCCUUACAGUCAACCCGGCCGAGCGGAGGAGAACACAAAACCGACUGGCAAAGCGAAAGUCCCCCCAGCCCAGUCCAGCACAUGCCACAGCACAUGCCAGAGCACAUGCCACAACAUCAUCCGUUAUCAUCCAUCCAAUAGAGAAGAAACGUUUAGAAACCAACAAGUCGAGUUAUUCUAGGAGCCAAGGGAAAGAGUGCCGCAGCAGCCGCUUCAGCAACGAGCCAUGUCGCGUCAUCAUCCACAGCAACAUCAGCAACAACGACGAGGAGGUCAAGAAGCGCUUCUUCUUCACCCCCAACGGUCACAGCAAGUCACUUGCCGAUCCGUUCGGUUCACUUCAGACCCCGCCGCAUGAGUCGACCCAAGACUUUGGGCAGGCAGCAGUAAUUUUCCCUGCUUCGGAAAUGGGAGUGUCUGGAGAAGCUGCUCCACGGACGCUGCAACGAAACGCCGUCACUGAUGACCUUGACGCGAGCUCAUAUUCGGCUGGAAUCCCCCACAACUUGAACACUGUCGAAUUCAUCGAGCCGUGGACAUUAGACGCCAGCAUGACACUCAUGACACCGAACAGCAGACACGAAGACAUGUCAGACCUUUCAACAGAAGAUAUCCUCACAUUAGGGGUAAGUUGUAUAUCUCACUUCGUCCCACCAUCACUUCCUUAA